UUCUCUCCUGGUUGGGUUCGUUACACAGUAGCGCUCCUUCACCGCACGCUCGCAGCUCCUCAGCUCGCUCGCCGCUUCGAGGGCGUUGGUAAGGGCCAUGGCUUCGUCGGCGAGGGCGUUGGAGUGGAAGUUCUCUCAGGUGCUCGGAGAGAGGCAGCCUGGCGAGAAGGUCGACGAGAUUGACAUGAUAUCGGCAGUUGAAUUUGAGAGUAGAGGUGACUACCUUGCAAUUGGAGAUCAUGGGGGUCGUAUUGUUUUGUUUCAAAAGAAAGACAGGAAAGAUUCACAUCCUAGAAAAGUGCUAGAGCAUACAGACUAUAUUGUUACCUCGCCUCCUCUCUAUUGCUAUAAGACAGAGUUCCAAAGUCAUGAAAUUGAGUUUGAUUACCUGAAGAGUUUGGAAAUUGGAGAGAAGAUCAACAAAAUAAGAUGGUGUGCCAACCCCAAUAGUUCUCUGUUCGUUCUUUCUACAAAUGACAGAACAAUUAAGCUAUGGAAGGUCUCAGACCAUAAAGUUAAGAUCAAUGAAAUGGAUUCAAAUGUGCAUGUAGCCUCAGAAAAUGCUCUUCUAUCAGAGAGAAGUUUCUUGAAUGACCAAAGAAAACCAUCUAUUCCCAAAGGUUACCAAUUAGAAUGGAUUGCUAAAAGGCCACGAAAUACAUCUACAUUUAAGGAAAGCUCUAAUGUGACAUUUGAUAUUGAAGAUUUUGCUUCCUCGAGGUGUCGUCGGGUGUACUCCCAUGCUCAUGACUACAACAUUAAUUCUUUAUCAAUUAAUUGUGAUUUGGAGACAUUCUUAUCUGCUGAUGACCUGAGAAUAAACAUAUGGAACCUCGAAGUUAGUAACCAAUGCUUCAACAUCAUUGAUUUGAGGCCUGUGGACAUUGAGGAUCUCGUAGAGGUAAUAACUUCAGCUGAGUUUCAUCCAGCAUGCUGUAAUCUCUUAGCUUACAGCAGCUCAAGAGGUUUCAUACGACUAGUAGAUAUGAGACAAUCAGCACUAUGUGAUCAGAAUGCAAAACUUUUUCAAGAUCGUGAAACUUUUGGGUCUAAGUCCUUCUUCACUGAGAUUGCUGCUUCUACCUCAGACAUAAAGUUUGCUAAAGAUGGGCGACAUAUUUUAAGUCGGGACUACAUGAAUUUAAAGGUUUUCUGGUUGUCUUUUUCUUUGGUACUUUGGAAUAUUGGUUGA